CACAUCUGCAAGCCGCCACGCUAGGCUGAGAUCGCAGAUAUAGUGGAUUCCAAGAGAGAUUGGCCAUCCUUUUGCGGAGCGGCUGAAUCUGCGGUGAAGCGCAUGUCUCAUAAGUAUGUCCUCUCUCCUUCUUCUUUUCUCCAUUCCAUCAGGACACUACUACUCCAUAUCCCGUUCGAGAUCACACAUAAAGCCCCCUUCAAAAUGAGCUUCCAUCCUAGCAAUGUCCAUCUUAUUGAGGUCGAAAACAACCGCGAUCUCGUCGCCACACUCAAGGACGAGCAACUUGGACUUCGAAUAGACCGGAUCGACCUGAACAAGUAUCUAGGAUACUACGAUGGUGCUUUCAAAUGGGACCGCAAGGGCUUCUCCGAAUAUUGCGAGUCUCUCAGUUUCCGUUGGGAAGGUGAGGUGCCGACCCUACAUGCUGUGAUGCGGAAAAGAGAAAGUGAUCUCAGGGAUAGCGCAAGAGCACCAUGGGACCGCGACCCAUGGGACAUGAUAUCCGUCAACUUAGCCGAGCGGAUUACAAUCAAAAAUGGUGGAUUCGAGGUUCAGUCGGUUCCAUCUGACUGGCCCUUCAAUAUCGAUGCCAUCGAGAUUAGCCUCAAAGACAAGCAUAUUCUCCAUGCCGUACUCAAGGAUGAUGAAGGUAACAAGCGAUCAUCUACUCUCGACCUGGAUGAGCACCUAGGGAACGAGGAGGGGUAUUUUAAAUGGGGCGGCAAGGGCUUCUCCAAAUCCGCCGAAAAUGCUAGAAUCUUCAUUCAUGGUGGUUUGCCUUUCUUAGCUGCUGGGCUGGUAAACCCCGCAAACAGAUGGCGACCAUAUGACACAAAGGUCAACUUGGCUGAGCGGAUUAAAAACAACAAUGGCCAAUUGGAGGUUCGGUACGACUAGAACAAAGUAUGCAUCUAAUAUAUGUGAAGGGAGAUGUAGAUCGCAUAGUUCUGUUUAUCUACAGUAGUUUUCGAAUUCAAUUUGAC